UGUGCACACGCCUCACGCACGCAGCUUUAAAAGAAGGUGUAUGGAGGCAGCUGCUAAGGAUUGAAGAAGGCUGUCAGCACAUUCCCCUUUCACUGAGUGGGAGCACUGGACUGAAUGGAGUGCCAGUGAUCCACUAAACAUCUGGAUCCACAACACAUCAAGCCAGAAAUCUUCAAAGUACAAUAAUGGAACCGCCGUCUGCCAGUGAACCAUCCAGACCAGGUUUCGGCCUAGCUGACUACGCAGUCUUUGCUGGCAUGUUGUUUAUCUCUAUGGCCAUCGGACUCUUCCAGGCCUUGAAGAAGCGCCUAAUGGAUACCAGUGCUGAUGACUUCUUCACAGGGGGUCGGAACAUGCCAGCAGUGCCUGUUGGGCUGUCACUCUGUGCCAGUUUUAUGUCAGCAGUCCAGGUUCUGGGUGUUCCUUCUGAGGCUUCUCGCUAUGGCUUUAAAUUCCUUUACAUGUGCCUCGGACAAAGCAUCAACUCCCUGCUGACAGCUUACCUCUUCCUGCCAGUUUUUUUCCGCCUGGGCAUCACCAGCACCAAUCAGUAUCUGAAGAUGAGAUUUGGCAGAGGGAUGCAGCUGUUGGGGAGUGUCCAGUUUCUCGUGGCGACGCUUCUUUAUACAGGGAUUGUUAUCUAUGCACCUGCCUUGAUCCUCAACGAAGCUACUGGACUCAACAUGUGGGUGUCUCUGUUUUCUACUGGGAUCAUUUGUACCCUAUACACCACACUGGGUGGCAUGAAAGCUGUGAUCUGGACUGAUGUGUUCCAGAUUUUCGUCAUGUUAUUGGGCUUUGUGGCCAUUUUCAUCCACGGCACAAUUAUGGUUGGUGGUCCUGCGCUGGUACUGGAGAUCGCCAAUAAUGGAUCACGGAUUAAUUUUAAUCAUUUUGACUUUGACCCUCGGCGGCGCUAUUCAUUCUGGAGCCUAUCUGUCGGGGGUGCACUUGUUUGGCUGUCCAUGUACGGGGUGAACCAAGCUCAAGUCCAGCGCUACAUCUCCUGCAGAACAGAAAGAGAGGCCCAGUGGGCGCUGUUUGUGAACCAAGUGGGUCUGUGCUUCAUUGUGGGCAGUGCAGCAACCUGUGGCAUUGUCAUGUUCGCUUAUUACAGCAACUGUGAUCCACUGAAGUCUGGGAAAAUUUCUGCCCCUGAUCUGUAUAUGGCAUACUUUGUGUUGGACAUAUUCAAAGGUUACCCUGGCUUUCCAGGUCUUUUCCUUGCCUGUGCAUACAGUGGGACCCUGAGCACAGCCUCCACAAGUAUCAAUGCAAUGGCUGCAGUAACGAUGGAGGAUCUGCUGCGACCUCAUUUGCUCCACAUGCCCCAGAAGAAAUUGAUCCUCAUUUCCAAAGGACUGUCACUCCUAUACGGAGUUAGUUGUAUCACUGUGGCUGCUCUCUCCUCCUUCCUGGAUUGGGGAGUUCUUCAGGGAUCGUUCACCGUCAUGGGUGUGGUCAGUGGUCCAUUGCUGGGGGUAUUUAUUUUGGGGAUGUUUGUCCCAGCAACAAACAAAAUGGGGGCGUUCUCAGGAAUAUUUGUGGGCUUCUGUGUCUCUCUGUGGCUGGCUGUUGGUUCAACUCUUUACCCGCCCAGUGAGGAGACCAUGGGUGUCCUGCCUAGCUACACAGGCGAGUGUGGACCCAGCAACAUCACCCUGAACAGCAGCCCUAACCAGGACCAACACUCCAUCUCCACCCCGCUUCACCCCGAUAACCAGGGGGGCCUGCUGAACUUCUACUCCAUAUCCUACCUCUACUUCGGUGCCAUGGCGACUAGUUCGGUUGUGCUAGUUGGACUGAUUGUGAGCUAUGCAACAGGACCAACAAAGAAAAAUCAUAUUAGAGAGGGUUUGUUAUGGUGGGAUCUGAAUAAAAAGCAAGUAGAUGUCCCAUCCGAGCACAGAAAACACAAGGCUACAGAUAUGGUAUCACAGAUUGUGCCUUUGAAGGACCUGCAUAAAGAAGAUGCAAAUGAAAAAGAAGAAGAAAAACAAACAGAUGUUGGAAAUAUUAAAUCACAACUCAGAGUUGAGGUGUUGGACAAGUAAACAUUAAAAUCCCAAAUAGCACUAAUGACAGUGGCAUUUCCUCUCUAGUAGUAGUAAGCAUAUUUAGUACUAGUCUUUAUUUAUCCUGUUCAUUUCAACUUUUAAUUCUUCAAAUUUACUAGGAACAUUUGUGUAAAACAAAAGACCAUUUAAAAAAAAUCUGUCUGAGUAAUGAUGGCCUUUAUCAUUUUGCCAUGGAAUGUUGUGACUCUUGUGAAAUCCACUCAGGUGUUUUAUGAACUCCUUUAACGUUGAAAGGCUCUUUCAUCAGGACAUUCAUUCUGGUAUGUUCCAUAUCUGUAACAAUGCACACCUGCACUUCAGCUCCUGUUAAUGGAUAUGUGACUGGAAGAAUCUGGGUUUCGUCAUUCUCCACUCUGUGUUUAUGUUGUUACAUUAUAUUACCGUCCACUUAGUUACUCCUAUGAAUGGUUGGCUUUUUCAAUGAAUGUACACUCUACCAGUGCUAUUGGCAGUUUUGUAUAAAAAUAUUCAAAAAACACUUUCUCUUUGUUUUUAAGUAGGUUUUAUGCACAAUUGUUAUAACUACA